GUAGACUGUUACCAUAGAAAUAUUAAGAUUAUGAAAAGUGGGAAAGCGGCAGGAUCGUGACACUUUGAAAUCUCCAAGGAUGAACAAGAAAGCAGACUCUGACUCAUCUUCACUUGAACCUGCAGUUGACUUAUCCUUCAGAUGUAUCAAUACUGCAGAAGAUAUUCUCCUAGAGAAGCCACGGUAUAAUCUUCGAUCGUGCAAAGUCUCUUCUCAGGGUAAAUAUUAUAGCCGGGCAAUUCGUCUAAACAACAAUACACUGACGGACCUAAAAGGCUUUAAAGAGGUGAUAGAGAAACUUCUUGACAACUCAACUGAAUUGGCUUGGAUUGAUCUUUCGUUUAAUGACCUUUCAGCUAUUGAUCCGGUCCUGACACAGUACCCUGAACUUCAAGUUUUGAAUCUACAUGGAAAUAGCAUUGCCAAACUUUCUGAAGUUGAUAAGCUGGGUGCACUGCCCAACUUGAAGAGACUGACACUCCAUGGGAACCCCAUUGAAACAGAAAAGGGAUAUAGAAAUUAUGUACUGUCAGUGUUGCCACAUUUGAAGUCUCUGGAUUUCAGUAGUGUGACCAAACAGGAGAGAGCAACUGCUGAAAUGUGGAAAAGGACACACAGUAAACCCAAACGGAUGAAACAAGAAGUGGGCCCGUAAUGAUUUUGCUUGACAAGUGCACAUCACCUGAACUUGUCAUCUAUCUGCAGCUUUGCUUCUUUAAAUAAAGGAACAAGUAUCUGCAUUUGUGCAUUUAUGUUUCAUUGUGAUAUUAAGGAGUAUACAUGUCAAUAUUCCUAGAAUGUGGCUGCUAAAUAGAAAUUGUCAGACCUCUGCAUUCUAUAUAUAAAAAAAGUAAUCUGUGACUUUCCAUUGAUAGGAUGACAAGAGCAUAUCUUAGUCGACUGGGUUAGAAAUCUAAGUAGUAACAGAAAUAACUGAGAAGCUAUUUAAUAGAUGCUUCCCUCGCUUCAACAUGACCAGUUAACUCAUUAGCACCUUUACCUUCUCUUGCUAUGUUUUCAUUUGACUUCUUUAGCUUGUUAUGGGAGAAUGAUGGUGUUUGCCAGUGGCUUCCUUAACCAAGUGACAAUCCAUAAUAUACAGGAUGUGGAAAGAGUUGGUGUGGGUCUCAAAAUGACAGAAGGGCUGUUUGUCUAGAAUGCACUGCCAUGGAGAUGUGAGUUAUAUUUAUAAUUUGUCAUGCAUAUUCUCAUAUUUCCAUAGCUAAAUUAGAUAUUAGAGGGGCAUCAUAUGGAAUGACAAGUGCAACACUGUCCAUGCAGAAUGCUCUACACUGGAUGUAUUUCUAGCGGUUUGUUAGUAAUCAUGAAGUCAUGCACCAUUUCUGUAUUUUUAUUAAUAUAGUUGAAACCAAGUGGCUUAAAGGCUAUUGCAUAUUGUCAGCUGAAACCUUUGAUAAUGCUAUUGAAAACCACUACUGAUACUUGCACUGUAAGUAUAGCUUGAGAGAAAAUUAGUGUUGGUUAUAAUAUUAAUUAUGUAAAUAGGCAUAAUUGUCAUAUUUCAGUAAAUACUUGAAAUCAAACAUCCAGAAAGCAAAUUCUUGUUCAUAUGAAAAUUCAGGUCAGGCUGAACCAAACUGCUUUGAAUUACUGUGUAUCUUGCUUGUGCGAUUUCCAAAAUAUGGAAAGUUGCUUUGUUGUGAAAAAUUUAGAGAAUAAAUUAUACACUGAUGAAGUC